UCACUUUUUGGUUGGUCAAACAAAGCGCACCCAUUCUUCUCAUUGAAAAAACUCUCGUUAUUCAUUGCACCACAUUCUUAUUUUUAUUUUCCAUUCAUUCCUUCACCAACUCCCAUGGCGGCCGUCGGUGGAUCCUCCGCCGCCGCCACCACCUCCUCCUCCCUCUUCUCCUCCGCCCGAUUCCGCCACUCCCUCCGCCCACCGCCUUCUCAACUCUUCUUCCCACGCGCGCGCUUUUCCGUCAACGCCACGUGUCCCUUCUUCUCCGAUAACAACAAUUCCCUUCCCCAAAACGUCGUCGCUUCCAAACCCUCCCCUCUCGAGUUGCUCAAAGCUUCCUCCGCCGACAGAUAUACGAAGGAAAAGAGUUGCAUUAUUUGCAUAGGGCUGAACAUUCACACUGCUCCCGUUGAGAUGCGUGAGAAGCUUGCAAUUCCAGAAUCCCAUUGGGCUCAGGCUAUUAAGGACCUUUGCGCUUUGAACCAUAUCGAAGAAGCCGCGGUUCUCAGCACGUGUAACCGCAUGGAGAUCUAUGUUGUGGCUCUUUCCCAGCACCGUGGUGUUAAGGAAGUUACUGAUUGGAUGUCUAAGGUGAGCGGGAUUUCAAUACCUGAGCUUUGUGAGCACCAAGUUUUGCUGUAUAACGCGGAUGUCACGCAGCAUCUCUUUGAAGUGGCGGCAGGGCUUGACUCACUUGUUCUUGGGGAAGGUCAAAUUCUUGCUCAGGUGAAGCAGGUUGUGAAAGCUGGACAGGGAGUGCCUGGUUUUGAUAAGAAAAUUAGUGGUUUGUUCAAGCAGGCGAUCUCGGUUGGGAAGCGGGUUAGAACUGAGACUAACAUUUCGUCUGGAUCGGUUUCUGUCAGCUCGGCUGCUGUGGAGCUCGCACUGAUGAAGCUUCCGGAUUCCUCCUUUGCUGAUUCUGGAGUGUUGGUGGUUGGUGCAGGGAAGAUGGGGAAGCUUGUAAUUAAGCAUUUGGCUGCCAAAGGGUGCAGAAGAAUGGUUGUUGUUAACAGGACUGAAGAGAAAGUUAAUGCCAUUCGGAAAGAGUUGAAGGAUGUUGAGAUUGUAUUUAGACCAUUUUCAGAUAUGCUGGCGUGUGCUGCUGAAGCUGAUGUGAUCUUCACCAGCACAGCGUCUGAAUCACCAUUGUUUUCUAAACAGAAUGUGCAGAUGCUUCCUCUGGUUAAUCAUGGGAGAAGGCGGCUUUUUGUUGAUAUAUCUAUUCCUAGGAAUGUGGAACCGGGUGUCUCAGAUCUGGAGACUGCACUUGUGUACAAUGUGGAUGAUCUGAAGGAAGUUGUUGCAGCUAACAAGGAGGACAGGCUUCAGAAAGCUGAGGAAGCCCGGGGAAUUAUACUAGAGGAGUUGAAUAAAUUCGAAGCUUGGAAAGACUCUCUGGAAACUGUUCCUACUAUUAAGAAGUUUAGAGCUUAUGUUGAGAGGAUAAGAGCCUCUGAGAUGGAGAAGUGUUUGUCGAAGAUGGGUCCUGAUGUCUCAAAGCAACAGAAAGAUGCAAUUUAUGCCCUUAGUAUGGGUAUUGUGAAUAAGCUACUUCAUGGUCCCAUGCAGCACCUAAGGUGUGAUGGGAAAAAUGAUAGUAGUCUGAGUGAGGUACUUGAGAAUAUGCGUGCCCUUAACAGAAUGUACGAUCUUGAGACAGAAAUUUCCUUGAUCGAAGAAAAGAUCAGAGUCAAGAUGGAACGGGUUCAGAAGUAGAUUCUUCUUCAAUUGGUUUAGUUUUAUUUGAUUCUUGUGGGGGCUGCAACCCUCGCCAUUUUGUACACUACAAUAGUAGAUUGAGGCCCUAUGAAGGCUAAUUUUUUCAAUUAUUUUUAACAUUAUGCAGAAGUAAUUGGACAUCGAUAGUCCAAUUGAAUUCAACAUGUAUUUUUCUCAAUGAGCCUGAUAUAGAUCAGUUGUAAAUUCAUGAUCCUCAUGACAACAGAUGAUUCUUGUUUUUUAAUAACAUUAAUGUUAGAGCGGAGUAUAAAUGAGUCUAAGACGUUAUCUGUA